AUGGUCGCGCCCGCUGUUCCUGAGAUCCACGAGGAGGAGGAUAUCUAUGUUGCGGUCGAUGCGCGGACAGAGUCGCUGCAGAGCUUGCGGGAAUUGGGUCCCCCGGACCUGGUAUAUCUGGUGAAACAGCCGAAGGCCAACUCAACCCGUCAGACUGGCGUGUAUCACCAUGUCACCGGAAUCGAUGCCUCCUCCUCCGCCAGCCUAGCCGCCUACGUCAACACCCUCACGUUCUCUCCCCUUGAUAAGACACACAAAGUGGUAUCAGGAAUCUACUGCUGUUACAAUGCUUUCUCCCAUCUGGACAUGCGAGUCGAAGUCAAGAUCCCCGGAAGCUUGGAAAGCUACUGCAUUGACGAGCGCGGCGACAAACGUGUGGCAACCGAGGCACUCUGGCUGGAGACUUUCCUAUGUGCCGUCCUUAGGGCCUACUUGUACGCCGAUAAUGGAAGCGGAGAUGCCAUCAAGAAAAUUGUCGGGGUCCGCCGCUUCAACCCGGUCACAAACACUGAAAUGGAGCACAAAUUCUUGGAUGCUGCUGAAAAACUCUUCUUCUUGGGACGCCAGCUCAGUUCAGACCCGGAAACGCAAGUCCCCAAUACCGUUAGCAACCACCUGACAUCAGGUAUCCUGAAAUACAUCUACACAACCGGCCGCUAUACCUCUGGCAUCAACCUGUUCGAGAAGCUGCGCACACGGGAUGUUGAGGUCUCGUCCCUCCUGGCUCGGGUACAAUUGAUGGCCGAUGAGGAGGUACAGGCGGUGCGACUGCUGUACGAUGCCUUGCAGGAUGUCCCGAUGGACUACGCUCUACUUGAUUGCCAAGCGGCCUUCUGUCAGGAAAAGGGUGAGGGUGAGAUGGCACUGGAGUGUGCCAAACGGGCGGUAACUGCGGCUCCAAGUGAGUUCAGCACCUGGGCUCGACUGGCGGAGGUAUAUGUUGGCAUGGAGCAAUGGGACCUGGCGCUUCUGACCCUCAACUCCUGCCCUAUGUUCACGUAUCAGGACAAGGAUACCCCGCGCAUGCCGCAACCCUCUCGCAUUAUGCUUCCGAUUCUUUCAGAAAGUAUCCUUGAUGAGAUUGAUGAGGGCCAACCUAAGCAAGGAGACCCACAUGACUAUGUCCACCCCUCUCUGCGAAAGUUGCACGCCGCCGGCUAUCAGGGCACGUUUUUGAAGGCCUACAAUUUGCUGACGAAGAUUGCUGCGGCAAUCGGUUGGGAUCAGCUUCUGAAGGUCCGCAGCGAGGUUUUUGUCAUGGAAGAAGAGUAUCGUGUCGAGCGUCAUCAUGCGCCCAAACCCGCACAGUCGCUCGAGCCAGAGACUAAUGGGAAUGGAGCUGAGGAUGAGGAUGAAGACGAGGAAGACACUGGCUCUGUCACGGGCCCUGGACUCGCAGAGGCCUCUGAGGCUGCUGCCAAUGGUAACAGUGAUGAGGCUGAUGCAGAGAACACCAUCGAGCGCCCCGAGCAAACAAUGGCAUCGGAGGUUGUGAAGUCGGGUAACGAUGAUCCCGAUACAUCCCACAGCGCCUACACCCAGUUCCGGAACAAGCGCCUUUGUGAGCGCUGGCUGGACAAUCUUUUCAUGGUUCUUUACGAAGACCUCCGCAUCUACACUAUCUGGCGAACUGAAAUGGCCCAGUUCCGCCAGCAAGCCAUGGAAUACAAGAAGUCCGCCACCGAGUGGGAGAUCCUCGGCGAGCUCGCCGAGCGGCUGGACCACUUCGAUGAGGGCAUCGAGGCCUAUCAAAACUGCUUGUCGAUUCGUUUCUCGCCCAAGGCCACGCGUGGACUUUUGAAGCUGUAUGAAAAGAGGAACGACACAAGAGGCAUGCUGGGCGCAUUGAUCCGCCUGAUCGCAUGGCAGUACCGUUGGUACUCCGAGUUCUCUCCCGAGCUUCUAUACAUGAUGCGGAAGCUGAUCGAGGAUGAGGGUGCUGUCAAGGUGCGAAGUAUCGUCCAGGCUACCAACCUACCCCAGCCAGUUCUGGAUCUCACACAUCAAUACUGCCAACUCUGUGCUACUUUCCGUAGCAGCGGCAGCGAUACUUGA